CGCGCUUGUACAGUAUGUGCGUGUGUGCAGGCUGCUAAAAAUCCCAGGAUAGCGCCGAGCUGUACAGUGCUAGCAGUGCAAAAUCUGUACCGAGGAGACAGCGCACUGAGCAUUGCUUCCUGAUUAUUGGCAAUUGGGAGCUCCACGGACAUAACGGUUAACUUUUCACCUGGUACUCCGGCUUUUUUUUUUUGGAAAGAAAAAUUACACUUUCUAGUGGGAUUUAAUAUUCAUUCCUAGGAGGCGUUAAAAGGCUACUAGUUUGUGGAUCCAGCAACUGCAUGCUGUUGCUCUCAAGUUUUCCUCUUUUCGGAAAGACUCGGCCACAAACUACAAAAAAGAGUCGCAGGUGACCCCAUUCUUCAGAAGAGUUAUUAUCUAUUUGGAAAGCGGCGUCAGGGGACCGGAGAAAACCGAGCCUCAAUGAUGCCCUUCUUCCACAACUCGGAUUUAUGGAUUGCUUGGUUCUCAUUGCUUUUGGGUGCGCAAGGGUAUGUAAUGGCAUUGGAGGUGUCAGUCAGUCAAAGCAGUGUGCAGGUUGCUCGAGGUCAGACUGCCAUACUUCCCUGUACCUUUACCACCAGUGCUGCACUCAAUAACCUCAACAUUAUCUGGAUGGUAACCCCACUCUCCAAUGCCAACCAGCCAGAGCAGGUGAUCCUGUACCAGGGUGGGCAAGUUUUCAGUGGUGCUGCACAAUUUAACAGUCGAGUUGGGUUUGUGGUGACAAUGCCCAGCACAAGUGCUUCAGUAUUCCUUAACAACACACAGCUGUCAGACACCGGAACGUACCAGUGCCUGGUCAACAAUCUGCCUGACAGAGGCGGCAGAAACAUUGGGGUCAUCGGCCUAACUGUACAAGUGCCACCAUCCAUCCCAACAUGCAGAAUUCAGGGGACUCUAGAUAUCGGCAAUGACAUAAUGCUGACGUGUAAUUCCGAUGAAGGUAUUCCAACACCUACAUAUGCCUGGGAGAAGUUGGAUGCUGUCCCUAAACUGCCAGCCACUGCGACGCAAGAUCAAAUGCUUGGUACAGUGACUCUGAGGAACAUCAGCAUUGCUUCAUCGGGCUUGUACCAGUGCACAGCGUCCAAUGCAAUUGGCAAGAGCACUUGUCUCCUAAACCUGCAGGUGGCUUCACCACAGCAGCAGAGUGUGGGAAUCAUUGCUGGAACGGUGGCUACUGGCGUUCUUGCUGUGAUCAUCUGUGUUCUCCUUGUGGUAGUUGUGGUCUUCUACUGGAAGAACAGGAACAAAUAUGAAGAAGAUGAAAUUCCCAAUGAGAUCAGGGAGGAUGACUUGCCCCCAAAGAGAUCCUCUUCUGCCAAAGCUUUCAAUGCGGACGCAUCUUCAUCUGAAAAUGACACCUUAACCUCCACCAACACUUACAACAGCCGCUAUUGGCACAGCCCAAAGCCCAACUAUGAUACUAAUUCAUAUUCCCGCUACAAUGGAGACACCAGACAGUCUUUUUCUACACACUCAACAGCAGCAGCAGGAGGAGGAGCAGCACCUUCCCGGCCCACAUUUGCUAAUGGAAGCCAUACCAUCCCACCACCCAAGACCUUGGUGGUCACCACAAACUCGGCACCCUCUCCACAGGCUGUGGUACGAAGCAAUGGUUCGAUUAGUCGGAAGCCACAGCCACCGCAUACACAACACACGCAUUCCUAUGCGGUGAGCCAGGCGACGCUGGAACGAAUGGGUGCAGUGCCAGUCAUGGUGCCAGCACAGAGCCGGGCAGGGUCUUUAGUAUAGACAUAACUAACUUAAAAAAGGAGUUCAUCAAAUGCCAACUUUCCAAAUGCUAUGUACUACUGCUGUUACAGCGCCUGGUGUUCUUCUUUGGUUCUUGAUGUGAGGAACUUCCUGUGCUGGACCAGAGAAAUGUUAUUGAGAAUGAUGGAUGAUGAAGGAAGAUGGAGUAAUUACUCAAGUGGUUCUCUUUGCUCUUUGUGUCUUUUAACAGGACAAGAAAGUUGGUAGAAGUCAGUAAUGCAUUUUGCAGCUACCUUGUAAUUGCACAAGUAGUUGUGUAGUUAGGGUACAGUUACUGUGUAGUUACUAUGUAACUACAUGUGUAGUUACAAACAGAAAACUUCUUGAUGGGGGCAGCGCUUUUAACAGUUAUCUUGUUAUUAUGCAUAUAGUUAUGUAGCUACGCAGUAGUUACUAUGUAACACUAAGUGUAAUUACAGUGCAGUGGUUGCUGCAGACCACAGUGUUACGGAAAUGAAACCAGAAGAAAGCCAUGUGAGGACAGCUGUUUUACCAGG